UGGGUAAACAAACUGGGGGAGGAGAGACACAAGCAGCGAGACUUUGCAGGCGCUGCUGGGCUUUCGGGGCAUUUUUUGUACACUUUUUAUCCGUUUUGUACACUUUUUAGUCGCUCGUUUCCUAAAUACUUUUACUACUUUGCUAUUCAGACAUCGGCGAGCUGUUUUUAAAACCCGUCUGCUCCGUCAGAAUUGGCUGGUUUUGCUAGCCCUUGCUAGGUAACCGCUUGAGAAGGAGGACAAAAAAUCAUUUCAGGUCGACACUCGUUUGUCAGAACCAGCAGAAAUUCCAACAGGAGUGUUUUUUACAUCCUAGGGAGCACCAAUAAUACACCCUCACUCUUUUACCGCGACUGUCUAGAAGCAAUAGCCGUUCGCUUUGAUAUUAUAACCCCUUCUCGGCGCUCAAGACCAGUAUGACUGCGGUGCUGAACAUCCAGAGGCUACUGGAAGCUGCCGAGUAUUUAGAGAGGAGAGAACGAGAGUGCGAGCACGGAUAUGCCUCGACGUUUCCGUCUAUUCAGAGCUCGUCCUACCAGAGACAAAGGAAAUUCCGGAAUAAAAAGUACAACAGCAGUCACAACAGGUCCACACACAACGAGUUGGAGAAGAAUCGACGAGCCCACCUCCGUCUGUGUUUGGAGCGAUUGAAGGCUCUCAUCCCGCUGGGACCAGACUGCAACCGUCACACUACACUGGGCCUCCUCAACAAAGCAAAAGCACAUAUAAAGAAGUUGGAGGAGACUGAUAGGAAGUCUCGGUAUCAGUUGGAGAACUUGGAGCGGAAGCAGAGGCACCUUCGCCGGCAGCUGGACUUCCUGCGAGGGACCUGCACACUCGGAGAGGCCGAGAGGAUACGCACCGACAGCGUGGGCUCGACCCUCUGCUCCGAACGCUCCGACCGCUCAGACUCCGACCAAGAGGAGAUCGAGGUAGAUGUAGAGAGCACUGAAUUCUCCCAUGGAGAGCUGGACAGUGUGAGCAUGGCCAGCACCAGCGACCUGGACGACCACAGCAGCCUGCAGAGCCUGGCCAGCGACGAGGGCUAUUCCUCCUGCAGCCUCAAGCUGGCCUUCAGCUCCUAGAUACACCCAUACACGCGUACACACUGUACGAAUACGCCCCCCCCACCCCAUGAAUCGACUCCAUCACAGUCCCUUACGCUCCGCCCCAGCGUCAUCACCGCCCCACCCCUUUGACCAGUCAGAAUCGGUCAUGUCAUUCAGAUGACCAGAGCACAAGCCUUGCACUCCAAAAAGUUCGAAAUGAUUUCUUUUGAUUGGUUUUGAUUGAUGUUCCUGAAGGUUUCAGCGCUCAGCGAACGAAUACAUCUAUAUGAGAUUUCAGCGUUUUUAUACAGUUUGUUAGGAUUCACUGCAUUUGUUGGAUUGAGAGAUUGUUCUGAAUGCAUUGUUGGCUUUCGUUUAACUCGAGCUUUCGAUGGAAUUUAAGUUAAACUUGAUUAUCAAAUUGUCUCGCUCCUCUGUGUAUAAAAGGCUUGUGAACUGGUCACCUGUCGGGACGUUCUCAAGCAACGAAGCAACAAUCUGGACAUCUGUGAACCAAUGAAACGAUUUGGACUUCUACUGGAACUUUGCACCCAGCAUAUCAAGAUCAGCGGCCCCAAUGUCUUUAGAUCGUUUUUCCGAUUUUAUAAGGCUGCUCGAUACCUAGGCACGAACUACAUCGAUUGGUGCUACGUGAAACAAACCCAACAGCGCAGACCAGAAAGCCCUUCUUACCAGUCUGCAGCGUUUGGUCAACGAAAAGGGUGAAAUAGAGGAAAAAACACACACAAAGGUCAUUCCCAUGGAUAUCGGGAGGUUACCUUUGGUGCAUUUAAACCGCGGAAACGGCCGAUGUUUCCGCUCCGCAGCUACAAGCAACUCUGCACUGUCCCGCCGUAGAGCUGACCAUAGACACCGGCACAAAGCCCACGACCAUAGACGUCCCAACUAGCAGUAACAAGCAAUAACUCCUCUAGUUCCAUCUCCACAUUAGGGUCACCCUCCCCACCCCUCCUCUCUUUUUUUUUUUUCCCCUCCUCUAAAGGCACUUUGUGUCCGUCCAAAACAGCAAAAUCCAACUUGCUUGGUUGUUUUUUGUAUAUAAUACAUAAAUAGUUUAAUAAAUUAAAACAAAAGGAAAAAAAAAUGGAGUUUAAAAAAUGGUAGUUACCCAUGGGUAGAACUAUUGCCUCUGUUGCUGUUUGUCUUGUGUUUUUUGUGCAUUUUAAAUUAUAUUUUUGGAAAAAUUUACUAUCCUCCUCAGAUGCGCUGGCAGAGUGGCAUGGACAGUAUUACCGUUUUAUUUCAUUCAUUAUUUUUUACUAUCCUGCCCCCCAAAAAAAGAUGAAAUUCAGUAGCGUCCCCAAACCAGACGAAUGUUAACACUCCCAGGAGCGACAAAUGAGUAGAAGGCAUGCGGUGGGACCCUGAGACCCCGAGCACGGUCCUUUCGGAACCACGCUUCGAGUCGUGCUCUCGUUAUUUAUUAGCUAGUUAAUGUUUGUGUUUCGUUUCGUGUCGAAGCUGAGAGGCAUUCCUGUAGAAGAAAAGGGCGGCGGCGCUGUGGAUCCGGGGGGGACGCCUUGCCGAGAGGUUACCCACGGUGCCCCUCGACGGGCCCCUUGCCUUUCCGCCAGUUCACUCGUCCAGCUCGUCAGCGGAAGGAAUGAGCAGUCUGAAAUUUUUUGUAUUUAUUUCUCGUUCCCCGACACAAAUAUUGGAAGAGAAGCUUAAUUUAUUUGUUCUUCUUUUUUUUUUUUUUUUUGUUUUCUUAAUGUUUUUUGUAUGCAUUCCUCUCCCGCUCAGAUUUGGAUUGCUGGAGUGAAGGGAGAAGCAGGCAGUAGAUCAAUUCAAUGUGAUGUUAAAGUAUAUAGAUAUAUAUAUAUAUAUAUAUACAUCUUAUUUUCCUUUGAGCCUGAACGUGUCCUCCUUCCAUGGCUGCCAUUCACCGUCAGAUUCAGAAAGCGCUCGGCGACAGAACGUGUUGGAUGGAAGAGAUCCGCCCAUCUGCUAACGUGAGGUCACUUCUCAGCGUGGAACAGCGGAAGCUUUGACUUCAAAGGAACAACCUGAGUGGACUUGACACGGCUAUCGCUGUUAGCGCUAGUGUUCUUGAAUGAACGGAGCUGGACUGAACGUGGUGCUGUUACACCAGGCCAAACUACAGAAGAGCUCUGUAUCCCUCCCUUUAUCUCCUCCUUCUCCCCAGCUUUUGAGGACACAGCUACCUUUUUUUUCUUUCUUUUGUCUCCAUAAUUUGUCCAUUUGUUCCUUUAUUUUUUCUUGAAUCUGCACUUAAAACCAGGGCCCACGUUGAAAACCAGUGCUUUCGAACACAACACUUCUUGUCCCGCACCACCAUACUGUGGACACUAGUGCGGACUGAUCUGGAAUCAGGUCGCCAAAACUGACCUGCAGACAGCAGGAUGGAUUCGUCCAGUGGCAUCAAGCUGCUCAGUCAAACUGAUCCAGGAUCAGCCCGUGUUUGCCUAUAAUCCACUGGGAUGCUUAAUGUAAAACUGAUCCUAGAUCAGCGCCCACGUUCGUCCAGCCGCUCGGGCCGGCGUAGCCUGUUUGCAGAUCAGUCUCUUGCGACUAAAAGCAGUAAAAACCCGAGGGAAUCUGAUCUGAGAUCAGCUCUGCUGCUUGCUAGCUGCGAUUGGUGCAUUUCCCCUCCAGUGUCGUAGCACAGAGCUCAUCGUCAGCCAACGUCACUAAACACUCUGCUUUUUGGAAAGCAGCCCUGAAGCCUGAGCUCUGAGAAGCUUGACGCGUGCCGCCCCCUGCAGGCUCUCUGAGUGAGUGCAUGUGUUCCGAAAGCUUUGGUUGUGGGAGAAUUCCGCCGAUAUUCCAAAAAUGUUUGUAUAAUUCAGUCAUCGAGUUGUAAACGAAGUCAUUCGGAGUGAUUUGAUGAAGGACGGUCGUGAAACUUGGUGGUGAUGGGAACCAGGGUUCGUUUUAUUGACUAUCCAAAACCACCACUGAACCUAAACGUGUUGGGAUUAUUUUUAUAUGGUACUGAUUAAAGUAGUACUGCUAUAUCUGGAAAAAUAAAUGUUCUUUGGGCACUGUUUUGCCCCAGAACUCCCUACUUGUACCACUCAGCCUUGAAUGGCUUUUAAAAAUCUAUGUUUUAAGCCAAUUUGUAACCAGAUGAUGUAGUAACUUUUUCUAUGAGGAAGCUUUAUUUACACUUUUGCCAUUUAAUUAUACGCACGUUUUGAAAAAUGGGCGGAAUUCCCCUUUUGAGGGAAAACGGGCCUGAAGUUGGGUAAAGCUAUUCCGCCUGGAAGACGCCAGGUCCUGCUGAACUUUGUGGCCAUUCUUUGUUAAACAUGCACUCUGAUUAUAGCUGUAAGUCAAACUGCAAUACUUACAAUAAACACCAAGAUUGUCAAAUCUGAAGACCAAACCAAA